CAUGCUCAUGGUGGUGGUUGAACGUUUUUUAAUCUUACCCCCUGCAACCCGCGCCGAUAAUAAACUCAUUUAAACAAAUAAAAUAAAAGUUUAGCGUAUAUUUACCACUUGAAGCACGGACGAACCGAACGGCGAGUAGAGGAACCGCAGCAACUUCGACUCAAUAUUUUUUCCGUUUCAGGAAGAACAAUUCGAGCAAGAUAAUUAGACGAUUUCAAGAUGCCUGAGACGAAAUCAGACUCGGAAUAUUCAGAUUCUGGCUCGGAGGAGAGGCCAGUCAAAAAACAAAAGGUCGAGAAGUCAAAGCCGAAGCCAAAGCCCAAGCCGUCGAAGCAGCGCGAUGAGGACGAAGAGCCGUCCUGGUCCCUCGACAACAGGCGUUUCAUCAAGGUGCGUGAGUUUAGAGGCAAAGUGAUGAUCGACAUAAGGGAGUACUACGAAAGAGACGGCGACCUCCUCCCUGGCAAAAAGGGCAUCUGCCUCUCUACAAUCCAAUGGAACAAGCUUAAAGACAUCAUGUCCGAGGUCGAUGAGGCCAUACAGAAAAAAUAAAAAAUCAUCUUCCUUUAAUACUUAAUGUUAAACAAUAUUUAAAGUCU